AUGAGUAUUAAUCAUCAUAAGACGCAAAAUCAUGAAUCAACUACUACUACUACUACUACUACUACUACUACUACUACUACUACUACUACUACUACUACUACUACUACUACUACUACUACUACUACUACUACUACUACUACUACUACUACUACUACUACUACUACUACUACUACUACUACUACUACUACUACUACUACUACUACUACUACUACUACUACUACUACUACUACUACUACUACUACUACUACUACUACUACUACUACUACUACUACUACUACUACUACUACUACUACUACUACUACUACUACUACUACUACUACUACUACUACUACUACUACUACUACUACUACUACUACUACUACUACUACUACUACUACUACUACUACUACUACUACUACUACUACUACUACUACUACUACUACUACUACUACUACUACUACUACUACUACUACUACUACUACUACUACUACUACUACUACUACUACUACUACUACUACUACUACUACUACUACUACUACUACUACUACUACUACUACUACUACUACUACUACUACUACUACUACUACUACUACUACUACUACUACUACUACUACUACUACUACUACUACUACUACUACUACUACUACUACUACUACUACUACUACUACUACUACUACUACUACUACUACUACUACUACUACUACUACUACUACUACUACUACUACUACUACUACUACUACUACUACUACUACUACUACUACUACUACUACUACUACUACUACUACUACUACUACUACUACUACUACUACUACUACUACUACUACUACUACUACUACUACUACUACUACUACUACUACUACUACUACUACUACUACUACUACUACUACUACUACUACUACUACUACUACUACUACUACUACUACUACUACUACUACUACUACUACUACUACUACUACUACUACUACUACUACUACUACUACUACUACUACUACUACUACUACUACUACUACUACUACUACUACUACUACUACUACUACUACUACUACUACUACUACUACUACUACUACUACUACUACUACUACUACUACUACUACUACUACUACUACUACUACUACUACUACUACUACUACUACUACUACUACUACUACUACUACUACUACUACUACUACUACUACUACUACUACUACUACUACUACUACUACUACUACCACCACCACCACCACUACUACUACUACUACUACUACUACUACCACUACCACCUUACAUAAUCACACGAUCAAAAAUAUUUUCUCGACUCAUUCACCCUUUCAAAACAAUGCAGCGUUAUACUUUAAUGAAGUAUUUGAACAAUGGAUAAGAAAGAGGUAUAAUCACUAUUCUAUCCACAUGGUAUCAUACAUACAUCAAAACACUUCAUGUUUCUAUUCAUAA